CCGAACUGAAACCAAACCCCUUGAAAACCAAAACCCUAGAAUAGAGAAAGACUAAGCAGAAGCAGAAAAUUGAAAUGGGAUUAGAAGUGAGAGAGAUAAGCGGAGAGCCAGUCCUUGACAGCGAGAAUGGAGAAGAGUUGAUGCGUGUGCUACACGGAGUAGACAUAGUGCUUGGUAAUCUUCCUCGCGAGUCCCAUGGCACGCUCUAUAUCACUACCAAGCAAGUCAUAUGGGUAGGCGAUGCAGACAAGACUAAAGGAUAUGCCGUUGAUUUUUUAUCUAUCUCUCUCCAUGCUGUCUCUAGAGACCCUGAUGCCUACCCUGUUCCUUGUUUAUAUACCCAGAUUGAUACGGAAGCAGAUGAGGAUCAUGAUUCCGACAACUCUGAUUCGGAAUUCAAUCAUGUACAACAGGAUUUAUCCAGCAUUAGAGAGAUGAGGCUUGUUCCUACUGAUCCUGCUCAAUUGGACACUCUCUUUGAAAUAUUUUGUGAGGGUGCAGAGCUUAAUCCUGAACCAAAUGAUGAGGAAGGAGAAGAACAUGAUUGGGUUUUCGGCACUGAUCAGAUGGAAGAUGAAGAAGCAGAGGAGGAAGGUUACAUCCCUCACAAUCCAGGCAACUCUAUUGGUCACUCAAAUGGAGAUCAUGACAUAGCUCGUACGGUGCUUGAGCUUCAAAUCAAUGACCAACGAUUUGAGGAUGCAGAAGAGAUUGAGGAUGAUGGAGAUGGCACCCAUCGUUGAGUGCUUGUGUUUUCUUCAAAAUUGCAUCCUCUAGUGUUUUGCAUUAGUCAUAUCAACUGUAUGUUAUGUAGGGCUUAGAGUUAAAACAUUUUUCUCUUUUUUCUGUAAUAGAAGCCAAUUAAAUACUGAUUUUAAAGCUGUAAUAUCUCUUUAUAGAGAAGAAAUAUAAACCUUGUUCGGAUAAUCUAUGGAAAAUUUAUUUGCAAA